AUGGAUUCCAAAGAACCCACUGUAAUGGCAACCCACAUUGAGAAUACGCCGGUGAAGGGCGACAAGACUAUCGAAGAAACCGACCUUUCACUCGGUCUACUCCUCAAUGAUGAGGAACGUAGCCUAGGUCUGAUGGAAUCUGCCUGGAAGCACAAGAGAAUCAUCUUCAUGUCAAUCGCGGCAUUCUUCGGCGGCGCUUCCUUUGGCUACGACAAUGUUGUCAAUUCUGCAACAAUGUCCAUGCCAGCAUUCCUGAUGUACUUUGGCGAAGUCAGCCCAGUCACCCACUCGCUUUUCGUUCCAAGUAUCUGGACCGCUCUCUUCUCGUCUAUGUCAGGAUUGUGCCAAGCCCUGGGUGGUUUCUUCAUCGGCUUCAUCUACGAACGCUUCGGCAGAAAGCCUUCUGCGAUCGGAUCAGCUUCUCUGUCUAUGGCUGGCAUUGCUAUUCAAUAUACUGCUACUACUCGAGGAUCUCUUCUUGCGGGCAAGAUGGUCAACUGUCUUGCUUUGGGUGGGAUGAUGUCAACUGGAUCGACAUAUAUUUCUGAGAUUGCGCCUGUCAGGCUUCGAGGACCUAUGCAGUCUGCUCUUGUCUUGUUUCAAGCUCUCAUGCUCAUGACUGGCUUGGGAAUAAUCAGCACCUUCCUCCCAGACAUGUCAGAACAUGCCUUCAGGAAAGUUUUUGCUCUACAAUGGGUUUGGUCUGGAGUCGUUCUCGCGAUGUACCCAUUUCUUCCAGAAUCUCCAGUAUACCUGAUUAAGAAGGACAAACCCGAAAAGGCUCGGCGAGCAAUGGUAAAGCUUUACGGAGCAGAUCAAAAUAUCGACGCUCGUCUAGCGUACCUUCGAAGCACAAUCGAACAUGAAGGACCUUCUGAUGAUGCAACCAAGACCGGAUAUGCAGACUGCUUCAAAGGUGUUGACAGGCGCCGUACCUUGACAGUCAUCUUUGUCCUAUUCGGCCAGAAUGCCUGCGGUGUUUCCUUCCUCUCUCAAGCGAUCUACUUCCUGUUUCUGGCCGGCCUGACCCCAACAAACGUCUUCAACAUUUCAAUUGGCGGCUUCGCACUAGCCAGUCUUUUCAUCAUUGGCAGUUGGUUCUGGAUCGAGAAAUUCGGUCGUCGCAAGAUCUUACUCUCAGGCUCCUCGUUGACUGCCGUUGUCUUGAUCGUCAUCGGAUGUCUUCAUUAUGUCCCUGGACAAGGCGCAGUCUGGGCCAUCGCCAUCCUUCUUAAUGUCCUCACUUCUUGGCAAUACUUCUCCGUGGGAUCGAUCUCUUGGGUCAUUGCAUCUGAACUUUCAUCGUAUCGCCUCAGAGGACAGACGCAAUCCAUUGGAUUCGGAACUCAACUGCUGGCAUCUUGCCUGUUCACUUUCGUCACUCCGUACAUGUAUAAUACCGAUGCUGGAAAUCUUGGUGCUAGGACUGGAUUCAUCUGGGGUGCCGCAGCUGCGGUCUACUUUGUUGCCUCGUGGUUCAUUGUGCCUGAGACUUUCGGUCUUAGCAUGCAGGAGAUGGAUUGGAUGUUCGUGAAGAAGGUUGCUGUGAAGGACUUUCAGAAGAGAAAGGCGGAGGCUAGCGAGGCUAUUGCGGCAGAGGUUCAGACGAAGGAGGAUGUGUGA